CGACAGCCUGCCUCUAUUGCCGCAAACAUCACAAUUACAAUUACAUAACCCUCUCCCUUCCUUCCCUCCCUCUCUCCCUCCCUACUCCGCCUUUCGUUUUUUGGAAUUGUUUUCCCCAUUAAAAACAAAAAAAAAAAAAAAAAAAAAAAAAAAAAAAUUCUCAUACGAACCACAAUUUGAAAUUGAAACAAAACAAAUAAAAGAAUCAGUUCAACUAUAUUUUUUCUUCUUCUUUCUUUCUUUCUUUGCUCUUUGGAUAAGAAAAGGUGUGAUCAUCAAUCAACGGUGGUGAUGGGUCGUAGCGGUGGCGUAAUAAGCGCACCAACGGCGGUGAUGGUAGCGGCGUACGAACUCAAAAACGCUUCGAAUUGGUGGGACCAAAUCGACGAAUCUCCUCUCUGGCAGGAUCGUCUUUAUCACAUCCUCGCUGCUCUCUUCGGCAUCGUCUCCUUCGUAGCUCUGGUUCAAUUAAUUCGGAUACAAUUGAGAGUACCAGAAUAUGGAUGGACCACGCAGAAGGUUUUCCACUUUCUCAAUUUCGUCGUCAAUGGAGUUCGAUCAUUAAUUUUCGUGUUUCGACGGGAGAUCCAAAAGUUGAAGCCGGAGAUUGUCCAACAUGUCUUGCUUGAUACGCCGAGUCUUGCUUUCUUCACAACAUACGCACUUUUGGUUCUUUUCUGGGCAGAGAUUUACUAUCAGGCGCGGGCUGCAUCUACUGAUGGACUGAGACCAAGUUUCAUUACGAUUAAUGCAGUGGUUUAUGCUGUUCAGAUUGCUAUGUGGUUGAUUAUGUGGUGGAAGCCUUUACCAAUUGUGGUCAUUCUAUCUAAGAUGUUCUUUGCAGGUGUCUCUUUGUUUGCAGCCCUGGGGUUUCUCCUCUAUGGUGGCAGACUCUUUUUGAUGCUGCAGCGAUUCCCUGUAGAAUCCAAAGGACGACGUAAGAAGUUGCAAGAGGUUGGCUAUGUGACCACCAUAUGUUUUACAUGUUUCCUUGCCCGAUGCAUUAUGAUGUGUUUUAAUGCAUUUGAUAAAGCAGCAGACCUUGAUGUUUUGGAUCAUCCUGUUCUAAACUUCAUAUACUACCUGUUGGUUGAAAUAUUACCUUCUUCUUUGGUCCUUUUCAUUUUGAGGAAGUUGCCUCCAAAACGUGGUAUCACACAGUACCACCCUAUUCGCUGAGUAUUGGAGAUAAUACAUGAUGAAAAGCAAACCUAUAGAAAGGGGGUAAUGGAUGAGUCAACUUUGGAGAACAAGAGCUGGGGAAAGGAUUACAAAUGUUUAUCAUUCUAUGUUGGAGUAUCAAGCUAAUCUCGUGGGUACAGAAUUGUCUGUUUGUGCUCCUUAUGUGGUUGUAGAUUUGUUGACAAGAAAUUACCAAAUUUCAAGGCUUGUGAAAUAUGUUGCUGACUCUUGGUAGUGUCGUGAUCUUUAUGCUAUUAUGUCUUGGGAACAUAUAAUCGGUGUUCUUUUAGGUUCCAUACUGAUUGAACUUGUGACCCACCAUGCUAUUAAAAGCAAAAAAAAGGUGGGGCUUUUAGUAUGAUUUGGGACAAUGAACUUCUGAAACUAGUUAUAACGUGAUCUGUGUUGUACUUUACAAUGUUGUCCCUACGGUCUGAAAAACAUGCAAUGCCCAUUGUUGUGAUUUUACUUUGGAUUGUGUAAGAAUGUUGGUAAGUAUCAAG